AUGCGUCAUACUUCGGAAAGUUCGGCACCGGUCGCUGCUGCAGUGCUUGGGACUUCAGUGUCGUCGUCGAAUCAGUCGAUGGUGUGGAGCAAGGUGCGGCUUUCGGACAGCGACUUGUUUGCGCGGGUUCAACGCGUUGAAGUUCCUGAAAGGUUUGUGGACUUACGGCGUCUGUCUUCAAAAAGAGGUUGGAAACAUGUUCGAAUGGGCAAUAUGGACAUGCAGUUUCGAGAAGUCCAUGCUUCGAUCAAUGUCCCUCCGUUUCAGACACGGCAGUGUCAAGUGGUUGUUGGAGGUGAGAUCAAAGCGAAUUUGUCAGACUUAUUAUCGCUACUGCGAUGUCCAACCGAGAGUGAAAGCAACUCGGCAUUUCGAGAUUUAUAUGGCUCUCAAUUCAUUUACAGUUCGCUGGUACAUGCUGUCCCUUGUAUGGAACGAGAAUCACAACCGGCUUCUGCAACUCCUGGCCAACAACUCACAGUUCGUACCGUAUGUUUUGUACACAAACGACGGCUCCAAUCUUUUCUAUCGCGAAGAUCCGUUGGUCCAACUUUGUCGGAAUCCGGAACUUCAAACCAUUCACAACACCACGCUGAGCACAAGAACGAGCAGUGUUGCUUCAUUGAACUAUUAACGCCUACGCAAAAAGGAAUUCAACUAGCUUUUUGUACUUUAGAUGCAGCGGAAGUAUUGGCGGGCAAAGCGCCAACUGAGUGUGUUGUCGCACUGCAUCCGAUUUCCGGCUGGUUACUUGCUGGGCCAAAUCCUGAUAACCCAGAAAAACUUCAAAUCACCUAUCAGGCUGCGUUUUCGGGAAAUCUUCCCGGAAAUUGUGACUUAAAUACAGCUCGAACCCGACUCUUAAGCAUCGGCAAGAGGAUCUGUCGAUUGGAAAAGAUCCUUCGACGUCGCCGUCGCUUAUAUCGCCAGCAACAUAUUGCCCCCGGAAGACUCUGGCAAGCAAUUUUAAAUCCUUUUCGAAAUAUUGGGCUGGCUGGCUCAGACCAAAGAAACUCAAAAGGGACUCAUCACAAUUGGCACUGCAUUGCGUGCACACAAUCGUUUCUUCCCACAAUACGCAAAAACUGGAGUCGCUGUGACUUGUGUGCGUACCGAAUUUGUACGAAACCACCGUGUUGUACGCAAGAACGAGUCGCUAUUUAUAAUCGCUAUGUCGCACCAUUACUUGUAUGCGCUCGAUGCCGAGAAUGUAUCGGUGAGCGCGAAAGUCUGAACCGCGGCGACGGAAAUCCCGUGGUUAGCACAGGUGAAGACUGUCGCUACAUUGGAAUUAGUCUACAAUUCAAGGGUCCAGAGAGUGAACUCGAACCGGAAUUAGAGCUGGAUCCGUCAGGACGGAGCGUCGAUCGUUGGGGAUCGAUUCAUACGUCCAGGAGAUCGAGUACUGCAAUGCGAAGAAUGCGUAGAGCUUAUUCGGACCCGCCACCCCUUCUUGGUUUGGCCUUGUCGAGCUCUGGAGAAGAAAAUAGAUCUUCAGCAGCUGAAAUUGUAAUGGAUGUGAUUACGAAAAACUAA